AGCGUGUACUUGUAUUUCAAUGUCUCACAUUGGCACCUAAAAUUUCAACAUUCAGUACUAUUCACCUAUUCACUACUCUUCUCUCUCUCUCUCUCUCUCUCUCUGUGUCUGAUGCGCUUCCUUUUCUCCCUAAAAGCCUCAAUCAAACCCCUUCUUCCUCACUUCCUCUCAACUCGCCUCCUCUCUUCUUCUCGAUUCAACAACUCGCCAACUUCAAUGGCGAUCCCUCCUCAUCCUUCAGCAAAGUCCGUGGCGGCAGUGGACUCCGAGGUGGGUCUAGCCAAACGAUCCUGGAUCAAGUUCCGCAGAGAAUCGGUGCUCGCUCUCUACACGCCUUUCGUUCUCUGUUUGGCUUCUGGGAAUCUCAGGGUCGAGACUUUCCGCCAUUACAUCGCUCAAGAUGUCUACUUUCUCCGCGCUUUUGCUCAAGCGUAUGAGUUAGCAGAAGAGUGUGCGGAUGAUGAUGAUGCAAAAAUUUCGAUCUCUGAAUUGAGGAAAGCAGUUCUAGAGGAGCUGAAAAUGCAUAAUUCAUUUGUACAGGAAUGGGGUUCAGAACUUGCAAAAGAGAGCUCUGUUAACUCUGCAACAGUGAAGUACACAGAUUUCUUGUUGGCAACAGCCUCUGGGAAAGUGGAAGGAGUAAAAGGUCCUGGUAAACUUGCAACUCCUUUUGAAAAGACAAAAGUUGCUGCAUACACUCUGGGUGCCAUGACACCAUGCAUGAGGUUGUAUGCCUAUCUGGGGAAGGAGUUGGAGGCACUUUUAGAUCUUCAUGAAGGCAGUCACCCUUACAGGAAGUGGAUUGAAAAUUAUUCGUCUGAAGGUUUUCAGGCAUCAGCUGUGCAAACUGAAGACUUGCUCGAUAAACUUAGUGUCUCUUUGACAGGAGAAGAGCUUGACAUCAUUGAAAAGCUCUAUCACCAAGCCAUGAAACUAGAAAUAGACUUGUUCUCUGCUCAGCCAGUUGUUCAGCCCACUGUUGUUCCUCUGACCAAACAGCAUAACCCUGCAGAGGACCGCCUUAUGCUAUUUUCUGAUUUUGAUUUGACGUGCACUGUUGUUGAUUCCUCUGCCAUUUUGGCAGAAAUUGCAAUAGUAACAGCGCCAAAAUCUGAUCAGAUUCAACCUGAAAAUCAACUUGCUCGGAUGUCAUCAGCUGAUCUUAGGAACACAUGGGGCCUUCUUUCCAGGCAGUACACAGAAGAGUUUGAGCAAUGCAUAGAAAGCAUUAUGCCCCCUGAGAAAGUUGAUAAAUUCAAGUAUGAAGAUCUACGAAAAGCACUUGAACAACUCUCGGAUUUUGAGAAAAGGGCGAAUGAUAGAGUAAUAGAGUCUGGGGUAUUGAAGGGUCUAAAUCAUGAAGACAUAAAACGAGCUGGUGAACGUCUUAUUCUUCAAGAUGGUUGUACUACUUUCUUUCAGAAAGUUGUAAAGAAUGUAAAUUUGAAUGCAAAUGUCCAUGUACUUUCAUACUGUUGGUGUGGUGAUCUCAUUAGGUCAGCUUUUUCAUCAGCAGGGGAUUUACUUGAGCUGAAUAUACACUCAAAUGAGUUCACUUUUAUAGAAUCCAUUUCCACUGGUGAGAUUGAUAAGAAGGUCGAGUCUCCCAUUGACAAAGUUCAAGCUUUUAAGAAUAUUUUAAAUAAUUGCAGCAAUGACAGAAGGAACUUGACUGUUUACAUUGGAGACUCAAUUGGUGACUUGCUUUGUCUGCUUGAGGCAGAUAUAGGAAUUGUGAUUGGGUCAAGUUCAAGCCUUAGAAAAGUGGCAAGUCAGUUUGGUGUUUCUUUUGUCCCAUUGUUCCCUGGCUUAGUUAAGAAACAGAAAGAAUGUGGUGAAGGAGAGUCUUCUAGUUGGAAGGGGCUAUCUGGCAUUCUUUACACAGUAUCUAGUUGGGCUGAAAUACAUGCCUUCAUUUUGGGUUGCUAGAAUCACAUUUUUCAUUCUCACGCACUCAACUUCAUGAGGAAUGAAGGGAUCGUUUAUAUAUAAUGCAACACAAGAUACAAGAUGGUGGCUAAUUUUAUUACGUGCCACCCAUUUGCUUCUGUCUACCCUUUUUGUUUUUCUUCAGGGUCUUAUCAUUCAAAAAUGUGAUCUUGGUAUAUCGGUUGCAUAUGGUGUAAACAUGGUAUUCAGAGGUUUUUGGCAGCAAUGAUUCAGAGCAAAGAUUGUUACGUACAUUUGUCCAUAUAAACAUUUCAAGUGCUAUGUCCUUAUUUUCAUACAUUGUUGUUGUUCCAUAUUUGGGAGGAAUGGCAGCUUAAAGAAGAUAUGUAUUUUUAUAAAAAUUGUUGCCUAUGAUGAAAUCAGCUUACAUUAUUAUUAUUUAUUGCAGUUUUCUUUUGGA